CUUGUGUUGUGUUGUCACAGCAUCAGGAGACGUUGAGCAGGUUCAGACAGCGAUAUCGCAUUCCCCGCCCCAACCAUGUGGUGAUACUGUCAGCUUCUCCUCGCAGACACAGGAUACACAAAGCAUUAUGACGCACCCCUACGACCCCUGGCUCCGCGCCGGACCCCCUCCCGAUGAGGUGAGCAUGUCCAGCUGGUGGGACGUGCCCGCUGGAGGCUGGAUGGAUCUGCAGGGGACAGCAGGACAGGGGGGCUCCUACACCCCCGACCCUCAGAUGUGCUGCCUGCCUCCGUCAAGCUCCGCCCAUUCCACCAUGCACUACCCCACGGAGGGAUUUAAGAUUGAGCCGUUGACGCAGGAGCUGCUUCCGGUCCCGCACGCGUCAUCCUCCUAUGGCUCAGACGAGCAGCAGGACGCCGCCGGCGCGUCGCCUCGGCCCAAAUCCCAGCGGAGGUCCGGCGGUCGCACACCCAGUCAGGCGUCCUGCCGCUGUCCCAACUGCUUGAGCGCCGAGUCUCUGGGAAGCGAUGGCAAACGCAAGCACCUGCACAACUGCCACAUCCCCGGCUGCGGGAAAGCUUAUGUGAAGACGUCGCACCUGAAAGCGCACCUGCGCUGGCACAGCGGUGACCGACCCUUUGUGUGCAACUGGCUGUUCUGUGGCAAGCGCUUCACCAGAUCGGAUGAGCUCCAGCGCCACCUGCAGACGCACACCGGUGCCAAGCGCUUUGGCUGCAGCUCGUGCCCGCGAGUCUUUCUGCGUGCCGAUCACCUCGCUAAGCACAUGCGCGUACACGAGUCGCCGGGUCAACCAGCUGAAGAGACUCGCACGGAGACGCCGGUACCUGCGACCGCCAGCAGCGCAGUAGUGCUCCGGGUGAAAACCGAAUCUGGAAACGGCGAAGACGAUGCGGCGGUUCUCAACAGCUAACUGCACAUCACUUAAUCACACACAACACAAUGCUUUUGUAACUUCCCUUUUAUUUAUAAUUGUACAUUGUGUUUUAUAUUCUAUGUCCUUUAACUUAAAUAUAUUGUGUGUAACUGAAGAUUUGUAAUUAGUUUGAUAGAAUGAUAAAUUCUUCAUGCAUGCCAUGCUAUAUUCCAGCAAGAACACGUCAGUCUGACAAUAAACAGACAGAUCAACUCC